AUGCUUUCGGAACAAACAUGCUCCCAUUCUUCUAUACGUUCCGACUCCUCCCCUCAUGCUGCCAAAGUAGGUUAUGAACAACGCAGCCUGAAGCAAAGGACUUCUGCCGCGAGACUACCAGGAUCCCCAGCCCCAUCUGGCAGUAUUGAUCCAACCAUAUUUCCAGCUCCGUUAGUUUUGCCUGGUGAUGACCUGGCACUGGACCCCGAGUACCCACCCCAAUCUGUUUUAGACUGGUUGGACGAAGAGGAUCGCAACGAAGUCACUUCAGACAGAAAGACGGUCUAUGUUGUUGCGCCACCUGAAUAUGACGAGGAUGCCUAUUUCGCGCAGGCAUGGACCUCUCCUAGAGUGGCCAAGAGUCAGCAUCACCUGAUAGCACCUAAUCCAGAAGAUAUCGUUGGUUACCUGGCGGCAUUCUACCAUGGGAUGCCCGUUAAGCUCCUUCGAGUAUCGGACUUUCGAUUUCUUCCUUGGGAUGGUCAAAAACCCACAACCUCACCCCGGUUCAUUGGCUUAGCCGUUUCAGACGAAUGCAUUGGCAUUCGGACUCGUGCAUGCCCCGACAAACUUUACCCUCGUCAAUUGAACCUGGAUGAUCUCCUAGAUGUUGCAAUAAGCAUACUUCCCCAGGAUGCGUAUGCCUUGUGUCUUCUGGUGAACCAUGAUCUAUAUGAGGAUGCUGAUGAUACGUUCGUCUGCGGACGUGCAUAUGGUGGAAGUCGCGUGGCAGUCGUCUCCAGCGCCAGGUAUUGUCCAACCCUGGACGAAGUUCAGUCAGUAGACCGAGAACAUUCGUGGCCAGCAUCACAUUGUGACGACUACUACCAAAAAGCGGAGGACCGCCAGCGAAUCGUCAUCCUUGGCUACUGCACCAUUAACCGCCGCGGUAGCCGCAUUGUCUUCCCUCCCAAAUGUCGAUGUAUCACCACGGUUACUAUCAUCACUCUGGCUUUCUCGACUAUGCCGCACUGCAAGCCAUGA